AUGGAUGAAGACCCUAAUAGAGGGAAGGCCAGGGGUGACGGCAAGGAAGGAAGUGAUGGGGUCCGAUACCGUGGCGUUAGAAGGCGGCCGUGGGGGAAGUUUGCAGCAGAGAUUCGAGACUCGAAUAGGCAUGGUGCGCGUGUGUGGCUUGGCACUUUUAAUACUGCAGAGGAGGCUGCGAGAGCUUAUGAUCGAGCUGCUUAUGCUAUGAGGGGUUCAUUAGCCAUUCUCAACUUUCCUAAUGAGUACCCUUUAACGAGUGGUGGUGCUUCUGGUUCUUCUUCCUCUUCUGCUUCAGCUUCGGCUUCGGCUUCGGCUUCUUCAUCAACGCGUGAGGGUGCUAGAACUGGUCAGCAAGGAAGACAGGUCUUUGAGUUUGAGUACUUGGAUGAUAAGUUGCUGGAGGAGCUUCUUGACUAUGAUGAGAAAAAGAGCAAGAAAUAGGUCUUUCUUAUAAUUGCAUCAAGCGCUUUCUCUUGCUAAUAAUCAAAAGUGGCAAACAUCAUCAAAUUUGCUUCGCGGUUCCUUCACUCCCUUCCACGCAGUAUGUGAGAGUCUGAACUUUUUGUUUUUCUAUGUUGAAAAAGUUCUAUAUAUUUCAGAAUCCUAAUGAAUGCAGAGCUUGUUGAAGAAAUUGUGCUCAUUUUUACUAGUGAAUUGUAGCUUUCAGAUCGAUCCAUUAUCGCUUUAAAACUUAGCAUUAUCAUUUGUAAAUAAGCUGUUCACUGCACGCACUGGAAAAUAUCUUGUGCACACUUUGAAAAAGAAGCUUUUGUCCAAAUAGUAUUUUUGUUCAUUUUGCCUUGGCCAUAAUGCUUGACUGUAGAUAAAAUUAAACAUAUGGGUAGAAAGUUUGGUUUUGUUAUUAAUUGCCAAUUAAUUAUAGGUCAAAUAAUAUUUCUUGGCGUUUUUAGUGGA